AUGCCCCAGCAAAUUCGUUGGACUCCAUUUGGCAUCCCGUAUGUGGUGGAGUUCAACAACAUAUCGUUCACGCCUCGUAGAACGGUGUCUCCUUCAGAAGAUACACUCGCGAGCUUUCCUGCACCGGAGAAAUCUCCUUCUGUCUCGGAGCAAUCUCUGACCUACUCAUGCCCAUCUGCUACAAGCUCAACUUCUUCUUUUUGUCAUAUCUCGCAAUGUAUGCUAGAAUCCCCACUAAAGACUCGUUCAUCCAUUUCGCGCCUGGUAUCCUUAUCUCGUUCCGCGCCUGGUAUGCGCUCAGCGUCUUCAUUCUUCAAGCGGAAACACCAGAAUGCUCAUCCAAGCACACGCAAACCUUACUCGACAACCCAAAAUCCAUCCAGCAACCCAAUCGACACGUGGUGCUAUAUACCUGCGCACGUUCCCAAACCCCUUCCCCCCGUGCCUCAGCAAGAACCUGAAGGCAUCCAUGUGGACGGGCUCCACAUACAAUUCGCCACGCCCCCAUGCGAUCCACGUGCAUCAUCCCGAAGUCGACUUGUGCGUUUGCAAAAAACGAUCACUAGCGCUGUUGUCGAGGCAGGCAUGGAUACUCCCUCCGCACUUGAGGAACAGAUGGAUCUCGACAAAUGUUCCUGA